UGCAGAGUCUCACAAAGGCCAGAGCACAGAGGAGGGGGCUGUGGAAACACUGUGAGCCCUGACAUCUCUCAGAUUAGAGACUUUGGGCUGAAACUCAUCCUUUGAAAAGGCUUUUGACCUCAAUAUGAAGUUUAUCCUCUUCUGGGCUCUCUUGAACCUGACUGUUGCCCUGGCUUUUGAUCCAGAUUACCAAACUGACAUCACUCCUCCAUACCUGGUCUACUUGAAAUCUGAUUACUUGCCCUGUGCUGGAGUUCUGGUUCACCCCUUAUGGGUGAUCACAGCUGCACACUGCAACUUACCAAAGCUUCAGGUUAUAUUGGGGAUUACAAAUCCAUCAAACUAUGAUGAGAAAGAUAUACAAGUAGUUGGCUAUGAGAAGAUGAUUCAUCAUCCACACUUCUCAGUCACUUCUAUUGAAUACGACCUGAUGUUAAUCAAGCUGAAAGAAAACAUUGAACUCAAUGACUAUGUGAAACUGGUCAGCCUGCCUGAGGAACCUGCCCCUGAAGAAGCCAUGUGCAUGGUCUCCACGUGGGCCUACAACCUAUGUGAUGCCUCCAAGGAUCCUGACUCACUGCAGAACGUGAACAUCUCCAUAAUCUCCAGGCGUGAGUGCCACAAUGCCUAUAAAACCUACAAGAUCCAGGAAGGUAUGCUGUGUUUAGGCAUUGUGCCAGGAAGGAGGCUGUCCUGCAAGGAAGUCACAGCUGCCCCAGCAGUCUGCAAUGGGGUCCUUCAAGGAAUAUUGGCUUUUGCAGAUGGAUGUGUUUUGAGAGCUGAUGUUGGCAUCUAUACCAAAAUCUUUAACUACAUGUCCUGGAUUAGAAACACAAUCAAAAACAACUGAGCUCCCAUGGCAGGAAUUCUGAUCAUGUGGCACAGCCUGUCCCUGUGUCCAGCCUCACAAUUAAACCUUGAGUAGAUGCCCUG